AUGGCAACUAUGCAGAGCCCGGAAUACUCGGAGGAGCUUGAAAUCCUCUGGCGCAUUCGAUAUAAGGGUUUCCAGGGAACGGUGCACGGAUACCGGUUGAAUGGGGUGAUGUCUCCAGGUGAAAUAUAUCGUAAAAACGAAGGCAAAGAUAGCCUUUAUAUCCUUUCUAGAAAAGAUAAAAUCCGCAAAACUCCGGUGCUAAUGCUCCAAGAUAAAAGGAAAGGUAAUUGA